CUACAAGUUUGGUAUAAUAAAUAAUUCGAGAUAAUGAAUAGAGAAUUACAGAAUUGACGACGAAGUCGCUGCUGCGUUUUUCACUCAGGAUUUUGGAAAACUUUGAUAUUUCUUCUUGCUCCUUCUUCUUCCCUUGGCUCAACAAUGGAGUUGAGAAUUCUUCCUCCUGAGUUUCUGCCGAGAGAGGGAGAGGAUGGUGAUGGGAUGAAUGAUGGAUGGAUGAUGGUGGUAAUGUGUGAGGAUGGUGGUGGUCCUAAUGUGGAUUUGGUUCGUGGUCCCCAAAUUUUGUCGAGUUUGAUUUCGUUGGAGCUACAAAAUUUCGAAACAAACAUGAUGAGGGUCAUCCAGAACCUCACUAGUGCCCCACUUUCUCCACCAAAUUUGGCUCUUGUGGUCACCGUACAAAACACUGAGUCUCAUGAAGAAGAAUUAAAGGAUGACACAAGCGUCGAAUCACAUGUUGGGGAUGUUAUGGACAGGAGGCCUAAACUCAUGAAUGAAGAUGACGAAAGGUCCAACACCGCUAAAAAUAAUGAAGAGCUUUCCCUUCUAGAAGGUGCCAACAAGGUGGCAGAUGCAGAUAAUAAGCAUGCGGACAACCCCUUUUCAUUUGACACCAUUAAGUUGUUUGACAAUGUUGUUGCAGUCAAGACAAAGUACCUAGUUUCACCGAGAGAACCUACACUAGCUAUUGGCUCUAUCUCACAUGUUCCUCGGUUUGCUCUAAGAUCCAAGAUGAUUGAAGAUUCAAAGAGUGGACUGCUCCUUUGGUUCAGCAUUCUUUCUCCGAUUUUAAAGCACAAGUAGAAACCUCCACCUUGAAGACAAGGUG